UUCCUCAAUCAAGGCCCCAAGGCUUUUAAGAGACGCGCCCAUGUCAUGUUUCGAAGGCGGCAUGAAGAGCUUCGUGGUCCGCCCGGCGAGGGCGAGGAGGAAACCGAGUCGCUUCUCUACAAGGAGGAGCCAAUUUCAGAACACUCCAAAGACUCCAAGGCUAAAACGCCAUCGCGCUGCUGGCUGCCUCCAAGUGCUCGCGGCCCACUGGCACUUGCAACUGUGUUGGCUACUUUGAGCUUCAUUGUCUGGACUCUGCCAGCGCCCACGCUCCUGGGCAAGCUGGAUUUACUGCGGCAGAGCUGGCGCUUAAACAAGGUGCUGGACGAGGCUGCGGAUUUGAGAAAACAGAUUAAGGCCGCUGAACUCGAGAAGGCGGAUCUUGAACAGGCGCUGCUCUCUGAGAAGUUGCGUAGUGACUCUUUACAAGAGCGGUUGAGUGCGUCGAAUGGCACCACCGAAUCCUCCCGAACGGAGUUGUCCAACCAGCAGGACAUGGCCGGCGGCCUCCGGUCCUCCAACCAGAAGCUUCAGGGAGAGCUGGACGCAGAACGUACUGCUCGCUUGGAGAUCCUGCAUCACUUGCAGCAGCUGAAGAAGUCGGAGCUGGCAGAACUGAAAGAAGUGGGGCAGGACAGCGCCAUCUCUCCGGUGACCAACCCACCUUGACCGGAAAAGCGCGCGGCAGAUGAAAUGCAUCGGAGCUCUGGCCGAACAGUCCAACCAACUCUGUGGAUGUGGUGAUGACCAUGAUGAAACGGACGGCCGGGUGUGGCUGUGUAGGACAUUGAAUGGAAGCCAUUGAAGGAAAGCGAUACGGUAAAACUGCAGCACAUAUCCCACAGUGUCCACAUCGAUUCUAGGGUCAGGCCAGGCUUGCUGCACAUGGAUUCGCCCUGCAUGGCAGAUUCCCAGGUCAGCUUUCGGCUUCACUGAAACCGGCUCAGCGACAAAAAGAAACAGCGACAUGUCCCCGAUGUUUUCGAUGGAAGUUUCUUUUUGAGAUUGGCUUGAACUAUAUUUAUAUAUUCCUUGCGAACAUGCUUGGCCCCUAGGGCCUGUUGAUUGCCAUUGGUGAAGCUGAGUAAAGGUGUUCAGAUUUGAAAGCUUUACAUGUCAAGAAACAGCAAGUGCUUUGUGACCUCAUGAACAAAUGCAUGCACCUUCAAAAACCGGAUUCUUUCGGUAGUGCUUGUUGAUAAUUGCCGAUGGAUUGAGGCAUCUUAGAGAGAAGAUAAAUGCUGGCAAUAUAUUUA